AUGCUCAUCGCACCAAAUGUUGAUACAAAGUAUAUCAAUGGAGAAAGACAAGGUGGAAAGAGGAGGAGAUCAAGCUUACACAGCUUUUCCAAUGGUUCCUUGGAUACAUUUCUUCAGGAUUUUGCUUUCAGAGCAUUGGUUACUAGGCACAGACCUCAUACUGGAGCUUUAUACAAAGCUAAUCUUCCGGUUAAUCUGUCAGGCAUGGGCGUUUCCAUUGCGCGAAUCCGAAGCCGGACGUUGUGGAAGAAAGGGGCUAAUUUUAGUUGUUUUCGUAUCCCAUCACGGACCUUUCUGGUUCCUCACGUCCGAAGGGUCGCGAUAGUCUACGAGACCCUUGGCAACUGGUCUUCAUACUACUACAGAGUUCAAGGUUACUCAAUGAUUGCUCCCGUCAUCGGUUUUAUGGUUUUCGAUGCGUCGAAUGCUAGAGCCAAAAGCUUAAAAAGUAUCAACCUUGACACAAUGGGGAAGCCUAUAUCAAUCCAUUUUCCCAACCUGAAAUACCCUGAUUCAGCAAGAUGUGCAGCUUUCAACAGUAAUGGGACAGUUGAUUUCAGUCCCAUAAUGUCUUCCAAUGUGUGUUACACUUCAAACCAAGGCCAUUUUUCUGUUCUUGUUCCACUAAAGAGGGAAAAAAGGCCAUGGUAUCCAUGGGUGAUAGGUGUUGUGCUUGGAUUUGGUAUGCUGGUUUUGUCAGGUUACUUUUGUUUGGUAUUACUUAAGGUUUUGAAGACCAAAAGGGUUCAAGCAAUGGAAAGACAAGCUGAUGAAGGUGAAAUUCUUGAUAGCAGAUGGGUGAAUUGCAGUAAAAUGCCAUCUGCAACAGUAACAAGAACUCAACCUGUCCUUGAGAAUGGUGUGUUCCCACAGUAA